CCCGGCCCAGCUCCGGGGCUGGGAGCAGUGGGCGGCUCUCGGGCCGGUUCCCAUGGUAACCGCCAGACAAACAAGGCCGCAGCUCCCGGCAUCUCCGCUGCCGGCCGGGCUGGGAGCGGCGGGGCGCGGGACGCGGAUCUCUUGUGGAUGAACCACAAAGCAAAUAACCAGCUAUGGAGGAAUUAAUGGAACGCCUUGUUUCUACUUCUGAAAAUCUGUUACUCAAAUAUGGACAAACUACCAGUCAAGCCCACGUAAAGAAGCUCAAAGAUCUUGUUAUAGUUCAGUUAAAUGGGCUAUAUUUAAAGAAUGUGAGACAUUUGCAAUACUGUGUUUUGCUUAAAGUAUGCAUCCUGUCUAAUAAUUAUAUUACAGAUAUUGAUGCCCUUGAAUGUUGUACUCAUUUAGUUAAGCUGGAUCUCCAUGGAAAUCAGAUACAGCAUCUUCCUGGCCCAACAUUUUGGGAAGGCAUGAAGGAAUUAAAUCUACUCUAUCUUCAUGACAAUGGAAUUGGAAAACUGGAUAAUGUGCAUUCGUUAUCUUUCUGUCCUAAUCUGAUAGGCCUCACCUUGUUUGAUACUCCACUGAGUCUAAGAAUAGCAUAUAGGCAUAUUGUUGUUAACAGCAUUUUAUCACUCAAAGCACUGGAUUACUAUGUAAUUUCUGAUGAGGAAAUUGUUGAGAACUGGAAACUUCCCCCAAAAUAUAAACCAUUUAGCCCUAGCUUUUUCCUUGAUUUUUGCCAUGCUUCUCGAAAGGAAGCAACCGUUGAGGAGGAGAUAAAUGUGGUAAAAGAUAUCAUUGCAAAAAUCAAUCAUAUUCUAGCUCAUCACUCACCAGUUGUGAUUGUUCAAAGAUGGAUAAAGGGAUAUUUAACUAGAAAAAGAUUUGGCAAAAUUCCUUUGGAUGAAGUUCUUCCGCAGAGAUAUUAUAUCAGAGAUGGAGCGAAACAAAUUUACAGUCAAAGCACACUUCCAGUAUGUUAUAGUAAAAGCUUUAUGUAUCACAUCAUUAAACCAGAACAGAAUACUGAGGACAAAAAGCUUAUAUCUGGGAAACAAGUCUUAUAUAUGAAUAAUUUUAAAAAGCUUCCUGUUUUAUGUCUGAGAAGAAAAAACAACCAGUUUUCUCCAUUUCAUCCACAUUGAGGAAAAAAGAAAAAAGAAAAAACUAGAGGAACAAAGAAUUCCAGUGAGGAAGGGUUUCUUGGACGUGGAGAAACCUAAUAUGGAGGAGCAGGUAGAAACUAAAUUUAGGCUUUCAGUUUGUAAAGCUGCUUUUCAUUCCGUGAAGGAUAAGCUGAUGAUAUUUCAAAAGAAAGAGGAAGAAAUUUGGCAUGCUGUACACCCAUUUCAUUCUCUUGUUCAUCCUGCUCCACAGCUUAAAGCUGUGAAUCACCCAGCAAUUGAUGUUACGAAAAGAAAACUUGGCAGAAAAAGUGGUUCUGGAUUCCAUUGUUUCUCAAAAGACUAGUGAGAGAUUACAACAAGCCAAGGCAAAAGUUGCAGCUGUAAAGGAUCAUCAAGCCGAUAUGAAAAUUAUGAUCAGGCUGCCAUUAAGCUGCAGUGCAAUAAAACAUGUAUAAUAAACUCCAGUGUUUAAGAUGCUAACUUGCAACAUUGUAAGUGAAUAUAAACCAAACUGUGUCUUUUUAUUUGAAUGCUAAAUGUGGAAGUCUAUACUCUCAUCAUUUAAACUGAACUUCCAGGCCUUCAUUUAAGAAAAAAACAUAAUGAAGAGAGACAGUUAUGUAUGUUUACUUCUAGAAUGUAUAAAAGUGUAAUGUUAAGUGUACUUUCAACCCUGGUCUUAUUUUAAAAAAAUCAACAUUUACUAUUAGAUACCACACUCUAGUGUAUGAUAUAGCUCUGUAUUUUCCUAACCUUAGAAGUGACUGUGAUAUUUCAGAUUGCAUUGUGUGGUAAUUGGUGGUAAAUGUUUACUUUUAAAUGGCGAGGACUACAAGUGUGCAUACAGUUAUCAUCUGUACUUACUCUGAAAACUAAAUUAUUCAGUGCGACAAAAAUAAUAGGGUUUUUAUGGCUGCUAAUAUACCAAAUAGCCAGAGUGCAAUUAAAAUUUUGACUACA